UUUUUAUUUUCUCUUGAAUGUCUUGAGGCAUGAAUUCUUCAAUAUUUUUUAUUUUCUCUUGAAUGUCUUGAGGCAUGAAUUCUUCAAUAUUUUUUAUUUUCUCUUGAAUGUCUUGAGGCAUGAAUUCUUCAAUAUUCUUCGAUUGGAUUUGGACUCUUCAAUCUCUUAGCUACUUAAAUCUUUCUUACAACUUUCUAGUGAAUUUGCAAGGAUCUCUACAGGUUCAACUUUCUCAUUUGUCUGUCUUAGACCUUCGUAACAAUAAAUUGCAAGGUCAACUACCAGCGCCUUCGCCACAUUUAGCAUAUGUAGAUUACUCGAGCAACAAGUUUAGCUCUAUUAUACAAUUCUUCAGUAGCUCAAGUACCUUUUCCUUCAUCCUUCUUUCCAACAACAACCUUCAGGGAAGUAUUCCUGAAUCAAUUUGCGAUGCUACAAAUCUUCAAGUCCUUGAUAUGUCGAAUAAUUCCCUAAAUGGCACUAUUCCUCAAUGCUUAAAUGAGAUGCAGUUUCUUAAGGUGUUGGACUUGAGUAGAAAUAACCUCAAUGGCAACAUCUCUAAUAAAUUUUCAAGUAACUGUUCGUUACAAACACUAAACCUCAAUGGAAACCACUUAGAAGGGGAAGUUCCUAGAUCUCUAGCCAACUGUACAAUCUUGGAGGUCUUAGACCUUGGGAACAACCAAAUUAGUGACACUUUUCCAUGCCAUCUGAAGAACAUGUCUAGUUUGCGAGUCUUGGUAUUGAGGUACAACAACUUUCAUGGGCUGAUUACUUGCCCAGAUGACAAUUCCUCUUGGCCACCACUUCAAAUUGUCGAUCUUGCUUCUAAUCAUUUCAAGGGAGAACUGCCUUAUCGUUGGUUACGAACCUGGGAGGCAAUGAUGGUUGCUUCGGAUGAGUUCAAAGCCCUUGUUUUGGAGGAAGAUGUUCAUUUUGAACUUGAUCAUAACAUUCUAAUCCCUGCUGCAACAUGUUCAUAUUGCACGGAUGAUGGAUGUGGUAGAUUUCCCAGGAGAAUUCCCGGACUUUGCCUGCAGGAUACCAAUGCGGAUCUUUUUACGUCAACAACUGUGGAUAUUUUCUCCCAAGGAAUCUAUUAUCGUUAUGCAAUAACAACAACCAUUAAAGGUUCCGAGAGACGAUUGGUGAAAAUUUUAAGUCUCUUCACCUCUAUUGACUUUUCAUGCAACAAGUUUGAAAGGCAGAUACCAAAGGUUUUGGGGGAGUUCAGGGCACUCUAUGCCCUCAACUUGUCACAUAACUGUUUCAUAGGUCUAAUCCCGUCAUCUCUAGGAAACCUACAACAUCUUGAAUCUUUGGACCUUUCUAGUAACAACUUGAGUGGUGAAAUUCCUCAGCAGCUUGGAGAUCUUAAUUUCCUUGCAGUCCUUAACCUCUCACACAAUCAACUCGAAGAAAGAAUUCCAAGUGGAAGACAGCUUCAAACAUUUUCAGAAGAUUACUUUAAAGAUAAUAAAGGAUUAUGUGGGAUGCCCUUGAAGAAAAAUUGCAGUGUGCCACCAUCCAAAGAUAAACAUUCAGAUGAUGGAACAUAUAUUGACUGGAAUUUCCUAAGCAUUGAAUUGGGAUUUGUUUUUGGCUUAGGAAUUGUUAUUCUACCACUUAUGUUUUGCAAGAGAUGGAGGGUGUGGUAUUGCAAACAUAUUAAUGGUUUCUUCGCCGGUUUUGCCCUUGACUGAAUUAAAAAAGCAAAAAUCGUGGAAGGAGAUUUCCUAAGAGUACCAAAACACGGUUGAGGAACAAGCAACAGUGAGGAGAAUUGCAAGGACGAUUCUUGAAACUUUAAUCUGUGUUGUAUGCCUACUUUUUUCAAUGUCAAAACUCAUACCUGUUACAAAGGUACAUGUGAUUUAUGUUUUGCUUUGUAUUAAUAUAUAUGUUGUAUUAUUAUGUGUAACCAAACAUAUAUCUUGCUAUUAAAAACUAUUUUAGUAU